UCAGCAUUGAUUCUCACAUUUGACGUCUCUUUUCUACUGGACUUUAGUCACUUUACAACCGGAGAAACUAGGAACUGGUUAUCAUAUAGCAAUGACAUCUGAAACUGGAAAAAACCUUAAGUGCCCGGAGAAAGUCGGCUGGCCACUAGUAGCAAGGCGAGAAAGAAAAAAAUAUGCGAAUUGUCAAGUUAAAAUCCCCGAUAUUGCUGCUUCAGUAAACCAGCCCACAAAUGUCGCUGCAAUUGACUUUGGAACAACACAUUGCUCUCUCGCUUACAGCACGGCGGCAUCAGCCGACGAGACAAGCUCUUUGAAAUUGGAUGAUUAUCACGCUCGCGUCCCGACGGCAAUUUUAUUAAAAAGGGGGAAAGAAAGAUUAAAUUCUGAUGGCACUGUCGUUGGAAUAGAGUGCAGCGUAGAUUCAUUUGGAUAUGCAGCACAGAAUAAGUACCAAAGAUUAAAACGAGGAGAUAAUGUAAAAUUUCUUUAUUUUGAGAGGAUGAAAAUGAGGCUUCAGCAUGAGAAGAAUGUUGAAAGGAGUAUGAAAAUUAAUUCAAUUAAUUUAAACAAUGACUCCACCGAAGUUAACGAGUGGUAUUUAAUUGAAGUAAUUGCUUAUAUUCUCUGUUACAUGAAGGAUGAGUUUAUAAAAUGCAUCACAAUGGCUGGUGCUGCUUUGACUGCCCAAGACUUUGACUGGGUUAUCACUGUGCCAGCAAUUUGGCAAAACAAGGGAAAACAGAUGAUGAGAGAAGCUGGAUAUUUAGCUGGUUUAUGCGGUUCAGGACGAAUAUUGUACUUAUCAUGUGCAUGCAAAGCAGAAGUUCAACCAUCUCCAAGUGAGAUUAAUAUAUCAAAGCUUUCAUUAGUACCUGAACCUGAAGCUGCUGCCCUCUACUGUCAAGCAAUGAAUUCAUCUCACGUGGCCAAAUAUUGUGACAAACCAUCUGAAGAGCUCUGUGCUCCAGAGCAAUAUAUUGUUUUAGACAUAGGAGGUGGCACAGUUGAUAUCACAGCUCAGGAACGAAACAAGGAAACAGGUGAGAUUGCUGUCAUAUUGGCACCACAAGGCAAUGACUGUGGUGGAAUGGUUGUUAACAAGGAGUUUGGACGAAUUUUGCAGAAACUUUUGGGCGAAAACGAAACAAAUGAAUUCUUCAACUUAGAAACUUCAUUUCAACGAUUACUGUAUUCUGAUGAUGGCACUUUGAAAGCACUUAUUAAUUAUGGUCUUUUCAAUGAUUUUGAAAUGCAGAAGGAAAUAUUUGGUCGCUCAAGUAAUGAUGAUGCAGAAUUGGUAGUAAAAAUUCCACACAAAAUCACUCAACAAUACGGAAUGGAAUAUAUAAUGAAAAAUUUGAAAAAGUUAAAUGAUCCAGCUAUUGACAUAGAAGAAGAUUCCAUCUACAUCAAGUAUUCUAGAGUGCACAAUCUCUUUGCACCAGCAAUAAAGGGUAUUCUUGAUAGCACUCAAAGGGCACUUUUGGAACUUUCCAAGAAUAAAGCAUCAUCUCAGUUUAAGACCAUUUAUUUAGUUGGCGGGUUUGGAGGGUGCAAAUAUGUCUAUGAAAAAGUAAAAAGUUUUAUCGCCAAAGAGUUUCCUAGCAUGAAUUAUAUUUUAAUAGUUCCAGAUAAUCACAGGCUUGCUGUUGUUCAUGGAGCUGUUCUUUACAAAAAAGCUCCAAAAAUUAAUUCACGUUGCCUUAAUCGUACAUAUGGAUUAGCAGUUUCUGUUAGAUAUAAUUCAAAGACACAUGGUAAAGAGCACUUUAAGUACAAUGAAGAUGGUAUCCCGAUAUGUGAAGAUGCCUUUCUUACUUUUCUACAAAAAGGCACACCUGUAUCAUCGAAUGAAGUUGCUGUAGAUGAAGUUUUACCAGAUAUUGAUAUUGAUAGAGUUAUUAGCAUUCCAUUCUAUGCAAGUGAAGAGCCUUCACUGGAAUAUUUGACAGAUCGUCCGUCACCAGGUGUAAUUAUGCCAAUGGCUGAAAAGGUAGGUGAACUCAAGUUUGAACUUCCGAAAGGAGAUAUACUUCACAAAGACCAGCGACGAUUUCAAGUUGUUUUAGAUUUUAGCUCUGUUGAAAUUGAUGCAACAGUACGAUAUCUUAACACAAACACUGAUAUAAAAACAACUUUAAAUUUUUUGAUAUAGACUACUAAUCAUAAUUGUUUUACUAACUUAAUUUAUGUAAUGAUUUCAUUGAAUUAAUUAACCUUCCUAAGUUUA